AUGGGGCAACCAUUAGCAAUGCAAGAAUUCUUUUGUUUAGGAAACAGAGAAGAUUGUUCAACUGAAGAUGGAUUACACCUGUUCAGAGAUUGUGGUGUUACCACAUGCUUUUGGGUGUGUACCAAAUUGGGCCUUUUGGCCAAGAAGGUGGCUGCUUCAUGCGUGGAGGGUUGGGUGUUGAACGUCAUUGAUAAAUUGGAUGGUAACAAAUGUUGUGCUUUUUUCAUGGCACUUUGGGUCAUAUGGUCUGAAAGAAAUAAUGUUUUGUGGAAUGGGAAUUUCUUCUGUGCAUCUAAUGCUGCUCAAUGGGCUAGUAAAUUUCUUGAGGAAUAUCAGCAACUUCAUGUGCAUGGAAAUGCGAAAGGUAAAAGGGAAAAGACCAAAUGGCAGAACCCUCCUAGUGGGCGUCUGAAAGUGAAUGUGGAUGGGAGCUACCGGGCUGAUUAUAGUGAUGGUGGAGUGGGAGUUGUGAUACGUGAUGAAAAUGGUAUGUGUUUGUCAGCUCUGGCUCGGUAUUUCCCACAUGCUUCAUCUGCUUUACAUAAGGAGGCUGAAGCAUGUAGGGCUAGGCUCUUAUUGGCAAUCCAUCAGGACAUGACCGUUAUUGACAUUGAGAGCGAUUGUUCCCUUGUUGUCACUGCUCUACAGCGUUAG